AACCUUAACAGGAGACCCGAUCAAUACAGUAUCAAUAUAUAUUAUUGAUCGCGUUUCCUGUUAAAUUUCCACUCCGCCCUUAUCAAGAUGGCGGAUUGAGGAGGACGACAACUUCCGGUCGUGCCCCCGUGAAUCUUUGUGAUGACCGCGGUAAACAAACGGCGUAGCGGACCGCUUUAGACGUCUGCAGGAAAACCAAACGCCAAACACCUCGCCCUGACAAAACAAGGUAACAGCUGAUGGCCCCUCGACCGCACUGACAUGUAGGCGCAUUUUAAGAGCAUUUCCGACAUCCGCGUCUUUGGACUUCUUUGUAUUUGACGUGGACUUGGACCGAGCUUAGUAGAAACCGACAUGGCGGAGAUGGAAGAUAUCGGAGAUCUGCCAGCUGCUGAGGAGGACAACGACUCUGAUGGUGAUGAUGACGACGAUGAUGAUGAUGAGAGACUUUUAGCUUGGAUGGUAGAUGACGACAUGGAUGAUGAAGACGAGGAGGAGGAGGAGGAGGAACAACCCUUGGACUCGGAAGCGUCGGGGUCGUUUGAGCCGGAGAGCCCAGCUGAGCGCAGCGGUCACAUAGCGGUAGUGGACAGAAACAUCAUGUAUGUCUGGGGGGGAUAUAAGAACGCUCAAAACCACGGAUUCUUUGACUUGUAUCUGCCGAGAAACGAGAUCUGGAUUUACAACAUGGAGUCUGCGGUGUGGACGAAGCAGGUAGCUGGAGGCAACCUGCACACAUCCAUGUCGGGGAGCUGCGGCGUGUGUGUGGACGGAGUUCUCUACUUAUUUGGAGGUCAUCACGCCCGGGGAAAUACCAACAGGAUCUACCGACUGCCCCUUAGAGCUCCCAGCCUGGUUUGGGAGGAAAUGAGGGAUCUUAAAGGGCUUCCUCCAUCCUGCAAGGACAAGCUCGGGUGCUGGGUUCAGAAAAAUAGACUUAUAUUCUUCGGGGGCUACGGCUACGCUGCGCAAGGGGCUCAUCAAGGGACUUUUGAAUAUGAUGAAUCUACUUCGCAAGUGUGGGACAGCCCUGGACGAGGCUGGAACAACCAAAUCCACAUACUGGACCUGGAGACGUCUACAUGGAGCCAGCCCAACACCCGGGGGAACGCCCCAUCACCCAGAGCAGCUCACGCUUGCGCCACAGUUGGCAACAGAGGCUACGUGUUCGGGGGGCGAUACAAGAACUACAGACUGAAUGACCUGUACUACAUCGACCUGGACACCUGGGAGUGGCAUGAAAUGAGCGUUCCACAGCAGGGGCCUGUGGGUCGGUCCUGGCACUCCUUCACUCCCGUGUCGCCCGACCACAUCUUCCUAUUUGGAGGUUUCACCACUGACCGAGAGACACUGAGUGAUGCUUGGCUGUACUACGUGAGCAAAAAUGAAUGGAAGCCCUUUAAACACAGUCACGCAGAGAGCCCGAGACUGUGGCACACGGCGUGCUCUGGUCCUGAUGGGGAGGUCUUUGUGUUUGGAGGGUGUGCAAACAACCUGCUGUCUCAGCUAAGAGCUGCUCACAGCAACGAGUUACUGGUCUUCAACGUUCAGCCCAAAUCACUGGUCAGAUUCUGCAUGGAGGCCGUUCUGCAGCACAGGGAGCGUCUGUCUAGUUACUGGGACUGUUUACCUAAACACCUGCUGCACAGCCUCAAGCAGAGAAUGACCCGCGUCAACACACUGGGCUCCUAAGAGGAAGCUGUCAACCGUGUCCAGAGGAUUACUGGAGUGUAUGCAUGUAUGUAUGGGUGAUAUUUACUCCGUGAGGCGCGUCGUCCUACGGAAUCAUUAGUUUAAUGCGUGUGUGGGCGAAUACAAAAAGACAUUUUUGAAGCAAUGGUGAAGAGCUGCAGAGUUGUUGGGAACGGGUCCCGCUCUGGCACGCUACAGCUUAGAAAUAGUGUGCAGCCUUUGAGGGGAUCUUGACAGAAAUGGAGUAUAUUUGCUUUUGUGUAGAACCACUUGGAAAGAUGUUGGAUCAGUCUGAAUAGCGUUUCCUUCCUCAGCCCCGUAGUUCUGACAUGCUUAGCAUACGGGAGACUUUUCUGUUGGUUGUCACUGGCUGCAUGCAGCCAGAUUCUACACACUGGACCUUUUUUUUAAUGCCUAAUGUCCAAAUUAAAUUUUGUUCAAACGAGGCGCUAAUAAGAGCGGUAUGAUCAACCUGAUUUUGAAGUGGAUAGAACACCCCUCUCGGGAUCCGCUUUUCAUGAAGACUACUGAGUGAAACCCUGUGAGAAAAUAAAUGUCAUUGUUGAGGCAAAAACAUAGUUUGGAAAAGAAGCCAGAAGACUGAGGCCUCACUCCUUUGUUCUCAUCCCGGCCGGAAACGAAGAAUCAGAAGUCAGCUUGCUUAAAUUCAAAAAUCAAAGUAUUUAGUAUUUAACUAAAC